GUGUGUAUAAAAGCGGGCAUAGCUUUGCUGCUACUGCUGCUGUUGCUGUCGCCGCUACCACUGUCCCCACCGCCGCCGCCGCCACCACCACCGCUACCGCAAUCCUCCCGCUGGUGCAGAGCUCUGGUGGCUAGACCACAGACCCACUCCCGCCAUCCUCCUGCAGCAGCUCGUCUACUCUUUCCGCACCGUCCGGCUCGCUAUGCGCUCCGCCGCGGUUCUGGCGCUUCUGCUGUGCGCCGGGCAAGUCUUUGCCCUUCCUGUGAACAGCCCCAUGACAAAAGGGGACACCAAGGUGAUGAAGUGUGUCCUGGAAGUCAUCUCCGAUUCGCUGUCCAAACCCAGCCCCAUGCCUGUCAGCCCUGAGUGUCUGGAGACCCUCCAAGGAGAUGACAGAAUCCUCUCCAUCCUUCGACAUCAGAAUUUGCUGAAGGAACUUCAGGACCUGGCUCUCCAAGGUGCCAAGGAGCGGGCCCAGCAGCAGCCGAAGCAGUUGCAGCAGCAGCAGCAGCAGCAACAGCAACAACAACAACAACAACAACAACAACAACAACAACAACAACAACAACAACACAGCAGCUUUGAGGAUGAGCUCUCGGAAGUGUUUGAGAACCAGAGCCCUGAAGUCAAGCAUGGAGACUCAGCAGCAGAAGUCCCCUCCAGGGACACUGUGGAGAAGAGAAAGGAUUCUGAAGAGGGGCAGCAGGAUGGCUUUGAGGGAACCACAGAGGGACCCAGGCCUCAGGCCUUUCCAGAGCCCAAGCAGGAGUCCUCUAUGAUGGGAAACAGUCAGUCCCCUGGGGAGGACACAGUCACCAAUACCCAAUCAGCAACUAGCCUCCCCAGCCAGGAGCAUGUGGACCCACAGGCCACAGGAGACAGCGAGAAAGGCCCGAGUCCCCAGCAGCAAGCCAGAAAAGCCAAGAAAGAGGAAAAUGAGGAAGAGGAGAAGGAGAAGGAGGUGGUGGCUAGAGAGAAGGCUGGGCCUGAAGAAGUCCCCACUACAGCAUCCAGUUCCCACUUCCAUGCAGGCUACAAGGACAUCCAGAAAGACGAUGGUCAGUCGGAGUCUCAGGCAGUGGAUGGAGAUGGAAAGACAGGGGCUUCUGAAACUCUGCCAUCUGAAGGGAAGGGGGAGCUGGAGCACACUCAGCAGGAGGAAGACAGGGAAGAGGUGAUGGCAGGGGCCCCCCAAGGUCUCUUCCCAGGUGGUAAGGGCCAGGAGCUAGAACAUAAGCAGGAGGAGGAGGAAGAGGAGGAAGAAGAGGAGCGUCUGUCCAGAGAAUGGGAGGACAAGCGAUGGAGCAGGAUGGACCAACUGGCCAAGGAGCUGACAGCGGAGAAGCGGCUGGAGGGGGAGGAUGACCCUGACCGCUCCAUGAAACUCUCCUUCCGGGCACGGGCCUAUGGCUUCAGAGACACUGGACCUCAGCUACACCGGAGCUGGAGGCCAUCUUCAAGAGAGGACAGUGUGGAGGCCCGAGGCGACUUUGAGGAAAAGAAGGAAGAGGAGGGCAGCGCCAACCGCAGAGCAGAGGACCAAGAGCUAGAGAGCCUAUCAGCCAUCGAGGCAGAGCUGGAGAAGGUGGCCCACCAGCUGCAGGCUUUGCGACGGGGAUGAGGCACUGGCUGGUGGGGCCAGCCAUGGCUUCAAGGCCCAACUUCUGCUCCAGUAGGGCUGCUUCCAGCCGCAGAGCCCAGGAUACCCUUUUGCCCCUCACCUUCUCUUAUUCUCAGCCCUUACCCUGGACACUUCUGCAGGGCAGCCCUGAAAGUCAACACAGAUUCCUUCUCUGAACACAGGCAGCUUUCUAGAAGUUUCUCUUCCACCUUCUUAUCCACGGGGCACAACUGCAAUAACUUCUGACCUUUGGGCGAAAGCCGAGAACUCCUGACUAUAAGAUAUUCCAGAUAAAAUUUAUUGAAGGAAGAAUAAACCUGCUUUGGGCUCUUUC